AUGUGCGAGCGGCCGAAGAUCCACGUCUUCCUGGGGGCUCCCCCUCCCCCCUCUGGCCCGGCCUCAGUGUCUGAAGUUGGGGCCGAGAGUGUGGACCGGCCCCCUGCUGGGUGGGGACACCUGGAGCUCACCUGGACGGACGGACACCUGAGGCCUGCAACAGGUGAGGCGUUCAGGGAGCCGACAAGAAGGACUCAGUACCUCACCACCUGGACUCUGAGUCAGGCCUUAUUCCUGAGAGGCAGGCACAGCAGCCAAUCAGCAACCAGUCCUGAGAAAACCCCGCCUCCUCAAACCCCACCCUCCACCUCCUCCAGCACCCCGGAGCUCUUCAGCCCCGUGACCCCGUCACCCGGAGCCUCCGCCGAGCUCUUCAGCCAACCCUGCUCUACCCCAAGGGUGGAGGAGGGGGGCGUGGUCCUCCAGCCCACCACAGAGGGGGUGCUCUGCUCCCAGGAGGCCGAGUCCACGACCGUCCUCGACUCCCCCGCCAAGUCCCCCGAUUUCAAGAGAGCUCGGGUCUCUGAGGAGUCCAGGACCGAGGUCCCAUCAAACAGCUCCACAGGAGGACUCCAGGGUCCCACCACACCCCUGGUCCGGUGUCACACACCCGGGGUGAGGUACUCGGUUCUGGUGGCGGUGGUUCAUCCCUGUCACCUGAAGGAGGUCCAGGUGAAGUCCGGCCCGUCGGCGGGGACGUCUGUUCCUCUGGCGUCCAUCGUGGUGACUGACCAAUCAGACGUGGAGAUGAAGGUGGUGCUGUGGCGGCGGGCGGCGUUCUGGGUGCUGACCGUGAGUCCUGGAGACGUUCUGCUCAUCACAGGACUGCAGGUGAACGAGAACAGGUGGAGUGGAGAGACGGUGCUGCAGUCGACCUUCAGCAGUAAACUGCUCAGCCUCGGACAGGUGACUGCCUCAGCACCAGUUCCUCAGCAUGUCAGUGCUAGCUCUCUCAGCUCUCUGUUUGGAUUUCUGCGGGAGCGGCGUCCCCUGCUUCUGUCUCUGCCCCGCCGCCCCCCCCAGGACCUGAGACGCCUCCCCUACGCCGCCCUGAGGUCACUGCGGGUCAACAUGCUGGUUCACGCCCUGCUGCGUGUCACACACACACACCUUAGCUCAGCGUGGCGCAGUGAGGCGGAGUCUCGCUGCAAGUCGGCGGUUCAGCUGAAGGCUGUUGUGACUGUGGAGCAGCCGGACGGUCAGCAGGGGGCGCUGCUGCUGUGGGGGGGUGCUGUGGACUGGCUGCCUCGCUUCAACAGAGACAGAGCGGUGGUCUGGGAUUUCCACGUCCUCCUGGUGAGGGAGGGUUUGACCUCUGAACUCCCUGAGCUGCACUCCACCCCCUGGAGCUCCGUCCGGCCCCUGGACCCCACAGACCGCCGGGCGCAGGACUUCCUCCCAACACGACGCCACCAGACAGGAAGCAGCAGCAGCAGCAGCGUGGAGCUGGACCUGGACACGCUGCUGUCCCAGAGACACAGUGGUGAUGUGGAGCUGAGAGUCCAGGUCACCUCCUUCCACUUCCAGGAUGCUCCGUCCUCCCAGAAUGCACCUCAGCCGGUCCUGGACAGCUCCACGCCGCUGGACGGUGUCCUGGAGGCGCUGAGCGGUGACGUCACCUACACCGGCUGUGGGCGCUGCUGCGCUGAGCUUGAGACCGACGCCAAUGGCAUCUAUGGCCCCUGUUACCCCUGCCUGCCCCACACCGCCAUACGCCGCUACUACAGGCCAGGUGUGCUGACUGUGGGUGGGCGGGGCAGCAGUCAGGUGUGUGUCCAGGUUCCUCCUCUUCCUCUGCUGAAGAUCCUCGAUGCUCCACCUGAUAAACUGCACAGGAUCUCAGCCCCAGGCUCGCAGGUGAAGCACAUCCAGGUGGCAGCAGAGAGGAUCCAGAACUUCCUCUCCCUCCCGAGGAAAACCUUCAUCAUCACCAUCCGGAGCCACUUCCUGUGCGACGAGAACAGCGUUCCCCUGUAUCAGGACUUCACUCUGCUGAACUUUCAGUUCUCCAGCUGAUGGACUGAGUUCUUUCUUCAGCAUC